AUGGAGAGCCAACCGAGAACCACUACCCGCCCAGCAAGUGGUAUUCCACGGCUAGCGGCGUCCAGAUUGCCCCUGCCAACGUCCACAGCAUCGAAAACCAUUCGCCCCUCCCCCUCCCGCGAUCGAUUGCAAGCCGACCCUGGACUGGACCAUAGUCGUCUCCGAAGACCGUCCCAUGAAUCGCUGCGGAAACCACCAACAACCCCACGUUAUUCCUUGUCAGCAAAGCCAAUCGUCCGACUUUCUCCCAAACGGGAUGAGCCUCAAACGGAAACGGACGCAACACAAACAUCGGAGAGUGCGAGCUUAUUAGGUGGGGGCGUCGAAGAUGGACUUACGCAUGAGCCUCGCGGUCGUCUACGAGAGGAGCGUCCGUCCCUCUCGGAACGGACCAUAGAGACAAUUGCGCAUAUCCCACCAUCGCCAGCUUCUGUGAAAAGACAAUCGAGCUUUUUCAACGGAGCCAGCCCGAUACGGUCUCCAUCUCGGACGCCAUCCAACGUGUCCACCUAUUCAAGGUCACCGUCACGAUCAUCCUCGGGCCAAGCAAACGGCAGUGACCUUCUGUCCCAGCCCGUCUCCAAGCUCCGAUUGCCUUCCCGUCCUCGCACGUCCGUGCCUUUGACCUCAUCUUUGGCAUCUGGCAAGGUUUCAGAGACCAGCGAUAGCCCUUCGAAAAUGCGAUUGCCAUCCGCGAGACAAAGUAUUGGACCUGGAAGUAACAUUGCCGAACCCAAGAAGACCGCGCCUGGGAAAUCCAGUGUCCUGGGAGGGUUGCCUGCCAAGGCGUCGCCUGCUCGCCCUUCUCUGGCGAAGAAACCUUCAAAGCCUGUUCUGUCAGACAUGGGUCCUCCUGAACGGCCACUUCAAGUACGGAAGACGAGAAAACCUCAGACUGAUUCUCCAUCUUCUAUGAGGUCGCCCUCGACCACUUCACGAUACGUCUCUGCUGCAUCCACCAUGCAGGAUGAACUUACGCCGGAGCAGCAGGCGCAGAGCGAGGCAAGGAAAGCUUCCAAGUCAUCCAGUGCCCUGCGAGAGAGUAUUGCAAAGGCAAAGGCCGCUAAGAAAGCGGCAGCAACGGCGGCAAGCAAAGACAUGCCGAAACCAGAAGCCGUCAAUCCGUCUAUCAAUACGUGGGAAAGUAUCGAUUUUGAGGAUCCCUUCAACCAGCUUCCUAAGGGUUCCAACACGGCUGUCCUUAAGAAACGCGUGGAGGGUGCUCGUAUGUCAGGUACAUUGAAUAUUGCUGCAAUGUCCUUAACGGAGAUUCCAAAAGAGGUGCUCAACAUGUACGAAUUCGACUCUGAGAACUCAUCCAACUGGUUUGAGAACGUGGACUUGGUCAAGUUUAUUGCUGCAGAUAACGAAUUGACCGAGAUCGCGGAUGCCACUUUCCCAGAUAUCGACCCAGCGGACUUUGACCCUGACAGUAAUGAGCGAGGCCCUCAAUUUGGUGGAUUGGAGACAUUGGACCUCCAUGGGAACAAGCUCCUCUCUCUUCCAAUGGGUAUCCGGCGACUUCACCAGCUCCGCGUCCUCAAUUUGUCGAAUAAUGAUUUAACCACGGAUAAGCUUGAAAUUAUCAUGGAAAUUCCAUCCUUGGUAGACUUGAAAUUGGCAGCAAACAAGUUGGAGGGAGCAUUCCCUUCAGAAAUCGGUCGUCUCCGUCAAUUGGAGACUUUGGAUCUGCGGAAUAAUGCUAUCACGAGACUACCAAAUCAGGUUUCCGAGCUGACCAAUCUGAAAUUCCUGGAUGUUGGUGAGAAUGAGUUGACCGCUUUACCAUUCGAAGCCUUGAGCAAGCUUCCUCUCAGGACCUUGAAUGCCCCUAAGAACAAUCUGGCGGGGACUUUGAUCCCAGAGAGCGUGGACCGGCUUGAGGAUCUGCAGUCUCUGAAUGUUGCAAACAAUGGGUUGGACGUUCUCGCUGCCAACGAUAUGAUCUCUUUACCCAAUCUUCACAGCCUCAUUGUCAAUGUAAAUCGCAUCAAGGCCCUUCCUUGUAUUUCUACAUGGCAAUCUCUAUCAGUUCUCGCUGCCGAAGAGAACCGUCUGACGGAGAUUCCGGCCGGCUUCGUGGACCUCAAGAACGUCAAGACGGUUGACUUUACUGGCAAUAACAUCACUCUGGUGGAUGAGAAGAUUGGGUUGAUUGAAAGCCUGUCGACAUUUAAGAUUGCCAAUAACCCACUUCGUGAGCGGAAACUGCUCAGCAUGAGCUCGGAUGAAAUCAUUCAAGAUCUGCGGAAUCGAUGCGAACCCGAACAUCAAGAUACGGAUGAUGAGGGAUCAGUUGCGACUCAGUUUACAUUGGCGCCGGAAACCCCAGAGCUGGAGAAUGGCUGGCGGGUCAAGCCUGGUGGUGUUCUUGACCGAUCAUACUCUGACCUGACUGAUUUGGAGUCAGACAAGAUCGAGCUGAUCAAAUCGGAUGACAUUCGCUGCGUUUACUUGCAGCAUAAUGAACUGUGCUUCUUCCCUGUACCAGCGUUGACGAUGCUUGCACAGGGACUGGUUGAGCUUGACCUCUCGCACAACCCACUCAACGGCGCAGAGCUCAUGUCUUCUUCUCUUGAGCUGCCGAAGCUGCAAAGUCUUAAUCUGAGUGCCGCUGGUCUCACGACCCUAGAGCCUUUGUUGAAACAUCUGCAAGCCCCGUCGAUGAACUUCCUCGACGUGUCCAACAACCGUCUCACCGGAUCCCUUCCGCACAUUCGACGGACAUUCUUAGAGGUCAGGACUUUCCUGGCUUCGGACAAUCAAUUUUCCACCGUUGAAUUCGAAGCGGUCCAGGGCUUGCAAGUUUUGGACAUCAGCAAUAACGAUAUUGAUUCUCUACCACCAAAGAUUGGUCUGCUCGGCGCAGAACGCUCCCCCCAGAACUGGGGCACGGGGUCAGCUCUGAGAAGGUUUGAGGUUGCUGGCAAUCGAUUCCGGGUUCCCCGGUGGCAGGUUGUCGCCAAGGGCACUGACGCUGUUCUGGAGUUCCUGAAGGAUCAUAUUCCAACACAGGAUCUGCCCGAGUGGGAGCAUGAGGAUGCAGCGGCUCGAGUGGACACUUUCUAA